CCGCAUUUUAAAACUUAAAACAUGUACAACUUUUUACAUGGAGUAAUUAUGUAUUAUUACAUUACUUGCUCAAUAUAAUUGUUGCGAUAUUUAUAUUAAAUUUAGUAUCUAACAAGAUGUUCGACCUUAUGUGUUAUAUGUUUAUUGCACUUUUGGCGUUGUUUUUAAUAAAUCGUUUUACUUGUAAAUUGUGCAAAUAUUCUAUGUAUUUGGGAGGCAAAACUGCAAUUAUAACUGGAGGAAACGCCGGUAUCGGUUACGAAACAGCUUUAUCACUAGCCUCCAAAGGUUGCCGAGUGAUAAUCGCAGACAAAGAUGAUUCGGAACAAACAAGGAACCGCAUAAUCGACCUAACUGGCAACAGUAACAUUGUAAGCAAACAUUUAGACUUAUCGUCGUUUAAAUCCGUGCGUAAGUUUGUGGAAGACAUCAAAAGCACGGAGAAAGAAGUGCACAUUUUAAUCAACAACGCCGGCAUCGGUAACAGCAGGAUUAACACCACCGAAGACGGCCUAAAUUUCACCUUCCAAGUCAACCAUUACGCGCCGUUUUUGCUCACGUAUCUUUUAACAGAUCUGCUGAAAAAGUCCGCACCGAGUAAGAUAAUAUUCACCAGCUCCAUUCUGGCGUUUAUUAGCAACUUAACUGAGGCGUCGAUGAAUCCGAAAAACUGCGACGGUCUAUCGUGGCUUGACUCGUAUCUUUUAUACGGAAACUCUAAGUUGUGCGCCUUGAUUGUCGCCAACGAGUUCGCACGUCGACUGUCCGGUACUUCAGUUACUUGCAACUCGUUGCAUCCGGGUACGGUACGCACGGGGAUUUUUCGCAAGAGUAUGGUCGGUGACACUUGGCUCGACGAGGCGAUAUUUUACUUCGCAACUCUUUCUAAUUAUAUAACCGGAAAGAACGUUUGGGAAGGAUCGCAGACCACUGUUCAUUUGGCGUCCAGCAAAGAGGUUGAAGGUAAGACCGGGGGCCACUUUUGGGACUGCGCCCAGUUUCCUUUCUUGCCCGGAAAGGCUAAGGAUCCGGAGUUUUGUAAGAUGGUUUGGGAGAAGAGUCUAGAAUUGACGGGCUUAAAUCAGAAUGAUACCAAACUGAUCUAGUUGGACGGAUCUUACCAGAAUUAUUACUACCCAUAACUAGCGCAAGAAUUGUUCAUUAUUUGCACCUAGACUAAAAAAUAAAAAAAGGUUGUUUGUUUUA